AGCCAAGUUUAUUAUGAGGACUAUAUGCUCUAGAGACCUCAGGCAAGGCAUCUCAUAGGAGGCUUUUUCAUAAAACUAGGCUCUGCUGGUAGUAAGGAGGCCACUCUCGAAGCAGGCGUUGAGCUGUGCACAUCUCCCCACCACAGGCACCUUCUCCAUAUAUCCAGCUUUUAUUUCAUUUUUUCCACUUGGCUGAGCCAUCCAGAGCCUUUUCAAUGUAUAAAAUGGAAUAUUCUUACCUCAAUUCCUCUGCCUACGAGUCCUGUAUGGCUGGGAUGGACACUUCGAGCCUGGCUUCAGCUUAUGCUGACUUCAGUUCCUGCAGCCAAGCCAGUGGCUUUCAAUAUAACCCUAUAAGGACCACUUUUGGGGCCACCUCUGGCUGCCCAUCCCUCACUCCAGGAUCCUGCAGUCUCGGCUCUCUUAGGGACCACCAGAGCAGUCCAUACGCAGCAGUUCCUUACAAACUCUUCACCGACCACGGGGGUUUAAACGAGAAGAGGAAACAGAGGCGGAUCAGAACUACGUUCACCAGCGCCCAGCUCAAGGAACUGGAGAGGGUGUUCGCAGAGACUCAUUAUCCUGACAUAUACACCCGGGAGGAGCUGGCACUCAAGAUAGACCUCACCGAGGCGCGAGUGCAGGUCUGGUUCCAGAACCGCCGCGCCAAAUUCCGCAAGCAGGAGAGGGCGGCCGCGGCGGCGGCGGCGGCCGCCAAGAACGGGGCGGCCGGAAAGAAGUCCGACGCCUCCCGCGACGACGAGAGCAAGGAGGCUAAGAGCACCGACCCCGACAGCACCGGCGGGCCCGGCCCCAACCCCAACCCCGCUCCCAGCUGCGGCGGAGGCGGCGGCGGCGGCCCCAGCCCCGCGGCCGGGCAGGGAGCGGCGGGGCCCGGCGGACCGGGGGGCGAGCCGGGCAAGGCAGCGGCGGGGCCCGGCGGGCUGGCGGCGGCGGGGCCGGGGCAGGGCUGGGCGCCGGGGCCCGGGCCCAUCACCUCCAUCCCCGACUCGUUAGGCGGCCCCUUCGCCAGCGUCCUCUCCUCGCUGCAGCGGCCCGGAGGCACCAAAGGCAGCCUCGUCAAGAGCGGCAUGUUCUGA